UUCUGGACUUGCCAUGCUGAAAAACCGAAGGCUAUUCAUAAUCAAAGGGACCUAGACUGCUGAAUGGGAGCUCUUUUAUUAAUAUUCAGCAUAUUUAUAGAUUUCAUUUUAUCUGUACAGAAAAUUAGUCCACUCAAAAUGGAAGCACCUUUAGUAAAUAACCCUACAUCUGAGCCUCCGAGCACCUCUAGCUCAGGAAAACAGCCAAUGAGUGCAACCCUUCGAGAAAGGUUGAAGAAAGCAAGACGGUCCUUUAAUUCAACUUUCACUGUAGCAAAGCGUCUUAAAAUUAGUGAUGAAAAUGACUGUGUUACUUAUGAAGAUAUGACUUUAUCUAAAAAAGAACCGUGUUCCACAUCACAAUAUGAAGACAAACACUCAGAAAAAGUGGCUGACAAAAUUAUGUGUAUGAAAAGUGAUUUGCAAGACAGAGAGCUUUGUGAGUCUGAAUAUAGUAGAUACAGUAAAACUGGACAGAAUUCUCUGCAAGUUUUGUCAGAAACUAAUUGCAGUCAGUCAGAACUACUGGAGAAGAAGAUGGAAUUGGUAAAGCAGAUUCGGGAAAAGGAGGAACUUCUUCGAAGACUUAAACUGGUCAAGAUGUACAGAUCAAAGAAUAACCCGACAGAACUGCAGUCGCUGAUAGCAAAAUGGCGAGGAAGUUCCCAAAUAAUGCUCUAUGAGCUACAGUCUGUGUUGUCUACAGACGGCAAGAAAUUAAGUAUUACAGAGCUGAUAAACAAUUUUGGACUAGAUGACCAACUGCUACAUUAUAUCAGAACAGAAGAAUAUUUUACAGAUGCAUAACUACAAGCAACUUAUCUAACAUCCCCCCAAAACAAUUUGAAGGUUUACAUCCGGUUUUUGUGCUACAUAACUGGGCUAGUAAAGAAGCUGUGUGAUUGUAUGUAGCGAAGGCUAAUCCUUUUGUUUAUGUGGUAAAAAUGUUUUAA